GUUAAUUAUUAUUAAUUAAUCCGAUCUAAGUUAAAACUCAUUGCUGAAUUUUGACACAUUAGAAGAUGUUUAACCACUGUCUCGUUCGUUGAUUUUUUGCAUCAGAAAGAAAAUCAAAAUGGCUUUCAGAGCCAGUGGAACACUGAUUUUAGCUUGUCUCAUUUGGAUUUUCUUCCUCUGUGCAACCAUAGCAUUCUUUCAGCUCAAAUUGGUCGAGAACAGAGCCAAUCACGCUUCUUCUCAUGACAAGUUAAUUACUACUCAUAAUCAUGAUACCCUUUUGAAAGAUGAUUUAGAGGCUGUCACCCACAAAGUAUAUUUUGACAUCGAGAUCGAUGGAAAAUUAGCGGGUCGCAUAGUCAUGGGACUUUUUGGGACCACAGUACCAAAAACUGCAGAAAACUUCCGCGCGCUUUGUACAGGAGAGAAAGGGGUAGGAAGAAGUGGGAAGGCUCUUCAUUAUAAAGGGAGCACAUUCCAUAGGAUAAUACCAAGCUUCAUGGUACAAGGGGGUGAUUUCACCUUUGGUGAUGGAAGAGGUGGAGAAUCAAUCUUUGGUGAUAAGUUUGCUGAUGAAAACUUCAAGGUGAAGCAUUCUGGGCCAGGAUACUUAUCGAUGGCAAAUUCCGGCCAAGACACCAAUGGCUCCCAGUUUUUCAUAACGACAGUAAAAACCACCUGGCUGGACGGACGCCAUGUUGUAUUUGGCAAGGUACUUUCUGGUAUGGAUGUUUUGUACAAGAUUGAAGCAGAAGGAAGUGAAAGUGGCUCUCCCAAACGUAAGGUUAUUGUGUUAGACAGUGGCGAAUUAACUUCAUGAUAUAUGGUUUAAUAUAUAAGUUGAGACUGAUUCUACUAUGGUAACUAGUCAGUUUUUUCUAUGGUUCGCAAAUUCCUUGUGUAUACUUUAUCAUUUAGUAAAUGAACAGAAUUUGAUGACUAAAAGUUCGAAUUCGUGUAACUUAAGGCUGUAUUUUAUUUCAUGUUUUGCUUGUGUACAAUAAUAGCCUUGCUAAAGAGGAAGGGAAUUUUAGGGAUUGCUUAAGAUCGGAAUCAUUAACAAUAGAAAUCAGAGUGAAGAGUGCUAUCCUCUGAAUUUCAAGAUUAUUUUUGUAUCUUUCGUGAUGGAUACAAGAAUAAACUAUUUAUUCAAGUGCAUCAUAUCAUGAUUCAUGUCCUCUGCUAGUCAUUUUGAAUCCCAUGUACCAAUAGAGCACACUGAAAUAAAUAUAAAAGGUUCUUCUCUU